CCCGCGCCGCGCACCAUUUCCUCCCCGCUCCGAAAACUUCUGCGCCUGCAGCAGGCGGCGGGUCGGGCGCUGCGGCGGGAGCCGGAGGGGCGGCGGCCGGGCUGGAGGCUCCCGCGGGAGCGGGAGAGGGGCUGGAGGUGCUGGUCCAAAGAGCUUCUGAAUCCUGUCGACUACCAACCAGGGCUUGAACACAUCCCCAGGGGACUCUGAGGGCAGGCAGAACAGGAGCCCAGCCAGCAAGCCACCAUGGAGCAGAUCCGCUCUUUCUUCCAGUCAAUCUGGGAUCUCAUUCUCACCAAGCACCAGGAGGGCAUAUUCAACACAGUCUGCCUGGCAGUGCUGGCUGGGCUGCCCUUAAUCGUCCUGUUGGUCUUCCUUUUCAUCUGUUGUCACUGCUGCUUCUGUAGCCAGAGGGGCAAAAACAGCAGCAAUGGAGGUUGCAGCAGCAGCAAUGGGCAAGUCCAAGCAGAAAAGAACAAUAAGAGGAAGAAGAAGAAGGAUGAAGAUGACCUGUGGAUCUCAGCUCAGCCCAAGCUGCUCCUGUUGGACAAGAGGCCAUCACUGCCAGUCUAAUUAAUGGGAAAGAGAGAGGACACUCCUCCUCAAGAUCCAGUGAGUCCUUCAGGCCAUGCACUGUGAGGGGAAGGAGCUACUGCAAUGGCUCUUUUACCCUUUAAUAAUGACUCUAAACUAAAUAGGAUUUCCAGGGCAAGCCAGACUCUGGCAAGAUCACUAAGAUGAUAAACAGAAGACAAAGUCGGGCAUACGUUUAUAUGCCAGCAGUGUAUACAAUGACAUACACACACACACACAUGCAGUGACAUACAUGCACUUCCAUGUAUAACCACUCACAUACUCAUGAGGUCAUGGCUAUGCAGCUUCACGUGCGUAAAGAUGUACAUAUGCUCACACAUAAACAUGCCUGCUGUCACAUGCAUGCAGAUACCCAUGCACAAGGUCAUGUGCCUUCAUGUGUAUGACGCACAUAAAUGUAGUCAUGUGUACUAACAUGUAUACAAGGUGGUAUAUAAAUUCAUGCAUUCACACAUGCACCUAAAAUCUAGUACAUCUUGAACUCCCCUCUACAAACUGAGGCAUGUGUAAAGUACACAGGACAAGCCCGCAUGCUUGUAUGGAUAAUACAUAAGUAUCAAAUCAGACUAAACUGAGAUACCACCCUGGCUUAGAGGUACAAGAGGAGAUGAGCAUACAAUCAUAUCAGAAUGAGAAGAAUUCUUCCCCCAAAUCCAUGGCAGGUAACAGUUUUGCUGCUCCAAAAGAGAAAUUUUCUAUCCAUCACAGGACUUUCCUAGCAAAUGCAGUAACAUGAUCCAAUCUUAUAGACCCCAAGACAGCAAAGCAGAAAAUGACGUUGCCACACAGGAUAAAGGCAGGCAAGAACAGAACAGAUGUGGCAUCAUACAGGACUGAAAACUCUACAUGGACAUUGAGAAGCCUGUUUAAAACUGGUCUUUUAAGAGCUCAUCAUGCUGGAGUUAAGGUGGCUUCAUUUCCAUGGUACAGUGAGAGAAGAGACUCCAUAUGGAAGCAUGGCUACAGCAUUAAUUUAUCUAAUGACUACUAGAAACAGUUAACUCUUGGACCAAAGGCCCACACAUCACUGAGAUCUACAGAAAACUGGCUCCAGGCAAUAACUUAGGGCAUGCGCCACUCUCACAUACAGAGACAUGCAUGUGCGUGUCCAUGUGUGCACAUGCACGUGGGCAUACACACACACACACACACACACACACACACACACACACACACACACACUGACCCCCUAGCACUCAGCUUCUGGUUUUGGGUGCAUUUCAUUCUGUCACUGUAAGGGCAGCUGAGUCUAGGAUAAACCGGGGAUGAAGUUAAAUGACAUGUAAUCCACGUAUACUUCACUUCUUUGCCCACUAAAGCUUUGGUCCCACACUGCUCACCCCAAUGAAAGACUGUCCUCACCAGAACUUCAAGAUCUGAUAGACUCCCCUUCCUCAUGAGUUAAGGCAGCUCACUCCAUCCUAGCUAACCUUGCCCCUGUUCCACAUAAGCAUACUCAGACUGCCAAGCCUAUUUCCUAAGGAACCAGCCUGACCUCUCCCUAGUCCACUAUUGCAGUUAUCAGCAAGGUCUGUUGAAGCCUCACUGACAUGUUGUGCAAAUAGUCGGAGUGUCGGGAAGCCUCACUGUAUCUGUUCUUUGCACUAAGGUAAUGCAAGAGCCAAACAGUUUAAUUCUAAAGGCUCCAUUGGGAACUUUUUGUUCUCUUGUUUUUAAUCUCCAAAGUGAACUGACCAGGCAGUUCACAGAGAAAGAAAAAAUAAUACACACCCACCCAGACAAGUGCUGGUAGAGACUGCCAAACUGCAAGCACCAGCAUGGCAGGCUCAAAAAAGUACUAGCCUCAUCUGCAACAAAACAGGUCUUCCAUGCUCCCUCUAGGAAACCAUUGCCAGUGGAUGGGUGCAUGGGAGAGAAGAAAGAGUCAGGGACCUGCUUAUGGACCGAGUCUUUUGUUCUGUACCCUCACAGCAUGGCCCAUUUUGUCCAACUUUGAGAUAAUGGUGAUGUAAUAUAAUCCCAUCACUGGGAUUGGUGUUCACUUGUGUUGUUGGGAUAUCAACCCCAGAGUUCUCACCACUUAGGCCCUUUCAAAGAUCUCACUUGAGUUCGGGACAGACAUUACAUAUAAACUGGUUUAAGUGAUCAGAAACUAGUUUAAACCUGUAACAGAACAGAUGUUCAGUGGACAUAAACCAGUUUGAAAUGGCUUAAACCAGUUUGAGAUAAACCUUCUUGAAUGUGGUAUCAGACUUAACUGAUUUGGCUCAACCCAUUUUAUGCAAUGUCUGUCCCAGUCCCCUUGCUGAUUUAAGAUAAACCAGACUCCCAAAGCAUCCCAGCAUGCUCCCUGGGAUAGGUGAGGCUCUCUGCUACACAGCAGGGCUGGCCCCCUCCCCUCUGCUCCUUGGCUGGAGCUCCAGCAGAGACAUGCAGGCACAGCAGGGUCUGCCUGGCUUCCCCCUCCCCUCCUCUCCCCUCCCCCUCACUGCUCAAGCAGGAAAUCCCUCCCUCCCAUCUCCCACAGCAGGGACCUCAGCCCCAUGGACCCUAGGCACAUGGUAUGCUAGCUAAUGCUGAUGUGUGUGUGUGUCUCCAAUUUCACGGGGACUGGCAAACAGAACAGUGACUGCUUAGAGUUGUUUGGAGCUAAUCAACAAGUCAGCUGGUAAGCUGUUUAAGAAGAGUUUUAAGUAAUGGAGAGAGGCUAUUGUUUUGCUGAUGGGGUGAUAACACUGUUAUCAGCCCCCUGCAGACCAUAUAAAGAAUCAGGGAGGGAGAUUGAAAAGCUCUGUAUCAUCAAUAGAUGUAUGCACUGCAUUCUCCCCCCUUGCUUCAGAGUGCUAGCAGGAGGCUGGGGUCUGGCAACACUCCCACCCCUCGAGCAGCAAGCAUGGAAAAGCCUGGGAUGGUGCAGGCAGACCUCCCUAAUCAGAGGUCCUGCUGGGGCACCGGCCACACCCCCUUCAGCUCAGCAUUAUAUAAGGGAAGGGAGGGCUGCUCUAGCACCCCCAGCUUCUAGCCUGAGCUACUGCAGGCAUGUGUCAGCAUUUCCUCAGUCCAGAGAGAAUAUCUGUCCAGUUACAAACUGGUUCAGCCUAGCCAGGUUAGACUAACCUGCAAAGAUUGAAUGAAUUCAGGUUCAGGCUUUUUGAAUGUCUGUCCCUAGCCUUGGUGACAUUUCACUUCCAUUUAAAAAAAAUGGUGACCCUGCCUCACCCAAAAUUAAGCCUAGGGUGAGCUUGACAUUUGUGUUUAAAAUGCCUUAAGGGAAGCUCAGUCCUAGAGAGAAACAGUCCAUGAAUAGUUCUAGUGCUCUGGUCCAUGUCCCAGUUCCGGCCUGGAGCUAGGCCUAUUUAGCAAAAGCGUGGGAUUUUGCAGUCUUCUUCAUCCCCACAAUCCCCAGGUUAAAACAGGUUUUUCUUCUGAGUGUCCCACUUCCACAGGUAGAAAAACUGCCUACUUAUUGGUUGCUACUGCUCAGACACAACAAUACUGAAACUCUCUAGAAUGUGCUAUCAUUCUCAGGAAUAAGACAGGCAAAAUUAAGGGAAAAUGUAAUCAGAGGUAAAAGUAUUUACCAACUGGCAGAGAGGGAGAUGUAGGCAGCAGCACCAGAUUAUAACAAAGCUACUUUAAGGCCACAGUGUUUAUAACAAAGCUACUUUAAGGCCACAGUGUUUUUCUCAGCCAAAUUGAAAGGCUUCAUCUCUGAAAGGCAUUCUGGGAAAUGUUUUCAGUAAGGUUACUCAAGCCUGCACUCGCAAGGGGUAGCAGGAGUUGGAAAGUCACCUGGGAAAUAAAUGGUUUUGCCUGCAUAUGAAACCACAACCUCCAAUCCAAACCCUCCCAAAUUUAGGGGAAGUUUGAAUCAAAACUUCAUGGCUGAACCCUAUUUCUAUAAUGGACUGCAUGUAAAAAAAGCCACAACCCCUCACCCCUACAUACAAUCUUGCUCUAAGAAGCUCAGAACUAGGUUCAUGCUUCCUGACUUGUGCUCAUCUCUAGCCACUGGCUGCAGAGAUCAGGGAGCUGCUAGCAAAACAGGAGACUGAACUGAGGACAUCCAUAAAGCAAAAGCAACUAUAGCUUGAGCUUCAGCCGACUCACACCUACUGUGGAGUGGGCCCAGAAAUCAUGUUCUACACUGUAACCAGCAGGCUGCACUUGCAGACAGUUGAUAAGGCAAUGUCUGAUACAUUGUUACUCACUUCACUGGGAUUCCCUGGGCCUUUGGCUCCUUUAGAUAACUCUGCUCAGGCACUUACACAAGAGCCUUGUCUGCAUUCCACCAUCAGCCUUUUUUCUGCACUGUUCAUGCAAGAGGAAAACAAAUGUUUUCAAAAUAAAGGUAUUUUUAGAAAACCAAAAA